AUGAGGAACAGGGCCAGCAACACUUUAUCUAAAGGGAAAAUCCGUCAAUCAUGGAGUAAGUACAACUUGUAUAACCUACAACGAUUCCGCUCCCCGGCCACAUCGAAUCGCACAUUCUUCCAGCAAAAAUGGUCCGCAAAGGCCAUCUCCCGUGCCUACCACGGUGAACAGGUCCGCGAAGGCCAAUGGAAGCGCAUGUUUUCUCGCCGCCUCCGCAGCGUCAUUCCCAUGAACACUGCCGAAUUGGCUGCCGAUGAUGGAUCAAAGGAGUCUUCUGGCCGUGGAUCUGGCUUGGAGAAACUAGGUCGCGAUGCGACAUCUCCUCGUAUCAUUCCUUUCACUCAAAUGGCAUUUGCUCCCCUGGAGCGCCGGCUGGAUGUCUCGAUCUUCCGAGCGUUGUUCGCCAGUAGUACUCGUCAGGCAAGACAGUUUGUGAUUCAUGGAGCAGUUACAGUGAAUGGGCAGAAGAUGCGCCACCCUAGCUACCUACUGAACCCCGGUGAUCUCUUCCAAGUCGACCCUGAGCGUGUCAUGUAUGCCACCGGCACCCCAAAGACCAAGUUCGAGCGUCGUGAAACGCGUCAAUUGAAGCAAAACGAUGAGGAGAAUGAGACGAAACCGGAGCCUACGGAAAACAAAGAAGAGACUGAAGACUCUCGGGAUACUCUCAAGGCCUUGAUGGCGCAAGCCAAAAACAUUAUGUCUAAGGACAAAGAGAUUCUUCCAGCAAAGCGCAAGCAAGAACUCCGAGGAUUCCAGAAGGCUGUUCGUCGCGUGCUGUCUCGCUCGGUCAACAGCACUAUCUUGACUGACAGCUUGGAAGCCCAAUUUUCUGAGCUUACUCUUAUGUUAAACGCUAAGCGGACCGAGGAGAAGCCAAAAGAGAAGAAGCAGGAGGCCAAGGAGCAGCCUAAGCAACAGGAGGCUAAAGCUGUGGAGCAAGCAUCAGGUGAGACGGCCAGUGAUAAGCUCUCAAAGGCAUUCGAGAAGGUCGCAAAGGGCGAGGAGAUCGAUGAAUCUUCAUUGACAGACGCGGAGUUCGACGUUCUCAAGCGUGCUCUUACUCAAAUGCGCGACAAUCCCAUCGACUCCAGCAAGCCCUACGCCACUCCUUGGCGCCCACGUGACUAUAUGUCCGCUUUCGCCUUUAUCCCCCGCUACCUUGAAGUUAACCAGAACAUCUGCGCGGCUGUAUAUCUGCGCCACCCUGUUGCACGCCCCGGUUCGGCCGAGGUGCCCACUCCCUUCGGUGAGGCAGUCAGCACUCCAGCCUACGGCUGGUACUUGAAGAGACGGUGGUAG